GUGACAGGAAUAUCCUUAUUACAGUGCUGUGGUUCUCAAUAGGCAGUGCACUCGCCACCUUUCUCCUGGAGCUGCUCAAGCCUUUAAGCCUUCCCGUUUCAUUUAUUUCUACAACAAAAUAGAAGAAUGUUCUCAGUGGUGGUUCUCAGCAACUCUUCAGCUGGUGGAAAGUGUGGGCAGUUUCUGUAUUCAGCAUCCUGGAAAAUGUGCGUUCCCUUGAGGAAGUGAUCCGCUGAAAGCGUGUACUUAGAAGAUUGUUCCAACCUGCCUUGCUGCGUUGCUCUAAAGCCCCGAAAUGUCUCGUCUCUAAUACUCCUUGGAAUUAGGAUCUCUUCUGCCAAAGAGACGCUACCUGCUGCGGUUAUCCGAGGAGCGCCAGAGUCAAGGAUGUUUAAAAUGGCUCUGAGCAUUUUAUAUGCGGUGUGGGGCUUGUUGUUGGAAGUAGCAGUAGCGUUUGGUCCAGUACCAAGGAUCACUUGGGAGCACAGAGAGGUCCAACUAAUACAUUUUCAUGAAUCGGAAGUGUCAAACUAUUCAACCUUACUGUUAAGUGAAGACAAAGAUGUUCUGUAUGUAGGAGCCAGAGAAGUGAUCUUUGCAUUAAACUCGGGGAAUAUUGCUGAAAAGCAGCACGAGUUACACUGGAAGGUCACUGAAGAUAAAAGAACUAAAUGUGCUGUCAAGGGCAAAUCAGAACAGACAGAGUGUCGUAAUUAUGUGCGUGUCUUGCAACAGCUGAAUGAGACUUUUCUCUAUGUGUGUGGAACUAAUGCGUUUCAGCCAACGUGUGAUUAUCUGAAUUUAAUUUCGUUUGAGCUUGGAGGUAAAAAUGAGGAUGGUAAAGGUAGAUGUCCAUUUGAUCCUGCUCAGAGCUACACCUCUGUUAUGGUUGACGAGGAGCUUUAUUCUGGGACUUCUUACAAUUUCUUGGGAAGCGAGCCUAUUAUUUCACGAAACUCUCAUCAGAGUCCUUUGAGAACAGAAUAUGCAAUACCUUGGCUUAAUGAGCCCAAUUUUGUUUUUGCUGAUGUGAUUAGAGCAGAUCAAAACAGCACAGAUGGAGAAGAUGACAAGAUAUACUUCUUUUUCACCGAGGUGUCUGUGGAGUAUGAGUUUGUUGGAAAGCUGAUGAUUCCAAGAAUAGCUAGAGUGUGUAAGAGGGACCAAGGAGGAUUAAGGACUCUGCAGAAAAAAUGGACUUCCUUUCUCAAGGCCAGAUUGAUUUGUACCAUACCUGAUAAGAAUUUAAUCUUCAAUAUUAUCAACGAUGUCUUUAUUCUCAAAUCUCCAAGUCUGAAGGAACCAGUGAUCUAUGGAGUUUUUACCCCGCAACUGAAUAAUGUGGGUCUGUCAGCAGUUUGUGCAUACAAUCUAUCUACUGUAGAAGAAGUGUUUUCAAAAGGAAAAUAUAUGCAGAGUGCUACAGUAGAACAAUCUCAUACAAAGUGGGUACGCUACAACGGGGAAAUUCCUAAUCCUCGACCUGGGGCGUGUAUAAACAACGAAGCCAGAGCUUCAAACUACCUGAGUUCUCUGAAUUUACCAGACAAAACAUUGCAGUUUGUUAAAGAUCAUCCUCUAAUGGAUGAUUCAGUGACCCCGAUGGGAGACAGACCACGACUAGUAAAACGAGACGUCAAGUACACCCAGAUUGUAGUAGACAGAGUCAGAGCGCUCAAUGGUACCAUAUAUGAUGUUAUGUUCAUCAGUACAGAUCAAGGAGCCCUGCACAAAGCUAUUAGCUAUGAAAAUGGAAUGCAUAUUAUUGAAGAAACACAGCUUUUCCCAAACUUUGAGCCGGUCCAAACUCUCUUGCUUUCAUCGAAAAAAGGCAAAAGAUACCUCUAUGCUGGCUCAAAUUCUGGUGUGGUGCAGUCUCCUGUGGCAUUCUGUGACAAGUACACCACUUGUGUGGACUGUGUUUUAGCAAGGGAUCCUUACUGUGCUUGGAAACCCCUUGAAGCUUCCUGUGUUGAUAUUCUUAAAGAAAGUGAAUUGGAAAGGAAUUGGAUUCAGAACAUAGGUGGUGAUGCUUCUUCUUGUUCUGAUAAAGUAAGAGAGAAUUCUCUUCAGCAUACAUUCAAGCAUGGGAGCACAGCAGAACUCAAAUGUUCUCAAAAGUCCAAUCUGGCACAGGUAGUUUGGAAGUUCAAGGAUGAUGUACUGAAAGUGGAGAGCCCCAAAUACCGUCUACUGGGAAAGGCACUGCUCAUCUUCAAUUUAUCGGAGGGAGACAGUGGCGUUUAUCAGUGUUUGUCAGAAGAAAAAGUGAAGAAUAAGAAAUUUUCUCAAGUGUUGGCUAAGCAUGUUUUGGAACUGAAAAAAAUCCAGCAUGUUACGGUGGGCCCAACUGUGGCAGCUGCAACAACAGAAGGUAAUAGCAAUGUACCAAAAGGGUCAGCUGUGCCAACGGAAGGGUCUACUGCUCAGACCUCCACCACUCAGAUUAUACCAGUAACAACAGCAAGGAUAAUAACAAAGCCAAUUGGCCCUGUCCUAACAAGCGCAGCCUCCAACACGGAGAUCUUCAAUGUGAUUCCUGAUGCAGUCCCAGAAAAGACAAUGUUUCUAAAGUCAAAUGAUAACUUCCUUUUAAUGUUCCUCUUUCUGUUCUUUUUCAUUCUCUUCUUGAGUCUGCUCUCCUACAACUGUUACAAAGGGUAUUUGCCCAGCCAGUGCUUGAAAUUCCGCUCUGUUAUGUUGCUUGGUAAGAAAAAAACAAAGUCAGAUUUUUCUGAUUGUGAGCAAAGCGUGAAAGAAACCCUGGUGGAGCAAGGCAGUGUCAGCCACCAGAACGGGGAGCAGCCGAAGCCGGCCCACGAUACCGGGUACGAAACCGAGCCGGACUGCGGGAACGGCCAGGUCCCACCCGGCAAUCCGCAGGCCUUCCGAGAAGUCAAGGACAAACCUUUCGAUGUCAAGUGUGAACUAAAAUACGCCGACUCGGACGCAGACGGUGAUUGAAGGAGACCAUCUUCCGAUUUAAUAACAAAAUCAACUGUGGUACUUGCAGCUAACUAUUGGAGCUGAGAGAGCGUGGGUGUGACAGCUGAGCCAGAGAAGGUUAUAUGUGCUUAAGCUAUUCAGCAAGCCAAUUUCCUUGCAAAUCUCACCAGAUUAGAAAAGUGGUGUUCUUGUCUGCAGAUCAUAGCAUUUUGUAUUAUACUUUUUUUUUUAACUUUUUUUUUUUUUUGAAUGGCCAGUUUCAGAUCCCCAUUUGGUUGUUCCUCAGAUUUUUUUUCCCCCAGAGUGCUUCACUCUGGCGAAUAGUUACUCGUUCUUUGACCCGAUUCUUCCCUAGAAUGAAAAUAACUUUCUAAUUCAGUUGGCUUUAAAAUGUACUUCAGUCUGCACAUAUUUUUAGCUGCCAUUAAAAAAAAAAAUCUAGUUUCAUUUUAAUUCCAAAUUGGAAAUUAAGUUUAGUUUAUCAGAUUGGUAAAUUAUAGACUUUUGUCCAGAUUGGGACAUUUUUUUUUCUUUGCUUCUAGCUGUUAUUUUUAGUUUGUGUGUUGGCACACUAGGUUUCUUUCAGUUAGUUAGUUUUUAACUGCUUUAAGGUAUCUUUUAGAAUUCAAUGCCUAAGGGGGAUAGGUUUGGCUUGAUUUAUGUAAGACUCAGGGAUAAUCUUGUUUAAAGGCUCUUUUCUUUGAUGCUUUCUAGAAAUUUAGAUAACAACAAUAAAAUCAGUUCAAAAUAUUUGGACUGGAGUAAGUGGGGGGGGGGGGGGAAA